AUGGGAUCAUCUUGCAAAUCAUUAAAAAAUGUAAAAGAGUCUAACGAUUUUGAUAUUCCAGAAGAAGAAGGAGCAAUUAAAACUCUUGGACAAGAACCAAUUCCUAAAAAACCUUAUUGUUGUUUUUCAAAUGAACUAACCGAAUAAUGUGAUAAUAAUCUACAAUUAGCAAUCACAAAAUAAAUUGGAAUUCCUGAAAAUCAAAUAUUCUAUAAUUCUAUUUUUUAUUCAAGAGAAAUUUUUAGAGCUGAAUAAUUCUAAAAAAUUUAGAAAUCCCAUUCAAAAAAGAAAGCCAAUAAGUUUAAUCAAUAUACUGGAGCACAUAAUGAAAAAUAAUUAUACAAAUAAUUAAAGAUGAAUAUUUUAUCCUCUGAAGAAAUUAUAAAAAGACAAUGUUGA